GGGCCCUCUUCCGGCCGGCGCCGCUCGAACCUCUCUGGCUCAAACCACCCGGCAGAGGCGGAGGCCUAGGCCGCUGCUCCGAGCCCUAGCGUCGCCCCCGCCCUCGCCCCAGGAGAGGUCGUGGAGCCAGCCCCAGGCGGCGGCCGGCGUGGGCAAGCGGGGCCUCGCGGCGGGGAGGCAGGGUGCGCCCUCAGAGGCCGGCGGCCAUGGGCCGGCUCAAAACCCCGCUGCUACUGCAGAGGGGGCACCCUAAGUCCGACCGGCUGGGCAGGAUCAAGAAGCUCGAUUUGUCAAACCUCCAGCUUCGGACGAAAGACCUGGACCUCAAACUCCUCAACCGCAUGAAACAGCUCAAGGAGCUGGAUCUGUCAGACAACCUGCUGGAGAAGGUGCCGGAGGGUCUGGACCUUCCGUGUCUGCAGGUCCUCAAGUGCUCCAACAACCAGCUGGAGGACGUGACCCCCCUGCAGCAGUUCACAGCCCUGGAGGAGGUGGAUUUCGAGGACAACUUAUACCUGACGGUCAAUGAUAAUUACAAGAUCUCCUCUCUCCUCCCUAACAUCCGAAAAAUCAAUGGAAAGGAAACAGCCUCACUGAUGAAUCAUGUGAAGAUCCUGAACCGAGAACUGACCAGCCGAGUCACUGCUUACUGGGAGAAGAACUACCAAGAUCAGCUGGGCUCCCGGACCCCAGCCAGGGACAUCCACAAGGAGUUUGUGAAGUCCGCAGUCAAAGACGUGCGCUACGGGCCCGAGUCCCUGAGCGAUUUCACACAGUGGAAGGUGAAAAUGAUCGCCCAGCAGCUGGUGGCCUCCAAGCUGACCAGGAAGGAAGCACCCUCAGAGGAGGUGUCGAGGCAAGAUGAUUCGAUCCCGGAAACCCCAGUGACCCCAGUGGAGACCCCAGUGGCCCCAGCAGGGGCUCCAGCGACCCCAGCAGGAGCAUCCAGCCAAGAGUAUGUGCUCAAGCUCUCAGCCUUUAAAUGGAAGAAGAGGCUCCCAUCGGACCCCCCUCCCUGCAAGAGGGCCCGCCCCUCCCAACCCCCCCAGGACUCCCAAUCUCUGCCCAGGGAGGCCAGCCCCAGCUGUGCACAGUCUGCCCUGGCUGAGGGCCCCCAAGGCGAGAUGGACACAGUGGGUCAGGAGCCCAUGGAACUGCAGCCCAUGCACUUCCUCCAGUGCCACAGUAAAGGCAACAGCCCAGAGGACUUCAGCACCCAGCUGUGGGCCUGUGCCUUUGAGCCCACCUGGAAUGACAGCCCAGGACUGCCUGGAGGUGCAUCCCAGACAGUGGCCACUUGUGGUGGGGAGGCCGUAUGCGUCAUCGACUGCCAGACAGGCCUUGUGCUCCACAGGUACAAGGUGCCUGGAGAGGAGUUCUUUACCGUGGCCUGGACCUGUUUGACCCUGGUGACCCAGGAUGGACGGAAGAAGCGCAGCAGUGUGCUGGCAGCCGCGGGCAGACGUGGUGUUGUGAGCCUUAUCCACGUGCGCGCAGGUUUCUGCUAUGGAGACAUACGGGCCCACCGAAAACCCAUCGCCAUGGCCUGCUUCAGCCCCUCCCGAGAGACCCACCUGUUCACCGCCUCAUACAACAAGCGCAUCAUCCUCUGGGACAUUGGCCUCCCUGAUUAUAACUACCAUUUCAGACCCAGCCAGCUCCUUGUGCUAGACACCAGUGCCACCCCACUGCGUCUCUGCCCAGUGCCCUCUUGUCCUGACCGUUACCUACUAGCUGGUUGUGAGGAUGGCUGCUUCGCCUGGGACAUAAGGCUGGACGAGUCCCAGAAAAGGAGAGAUUUUGAGAUGGUGUUCCUGUUCCCCCAAGGCCCAGGGCAAGUGCCCAAGCGAGUGGAUGGGCUGGGCUUCGUGAGCAAAGACAUUGUGGUUUCCAAGGGCUGUACCCCUGGCUCCAUUUGUUUGUGGAGCUGGAGUCAGUCCCUGGCAGGAAGAGGAGACAAGCAGCAAGUGACAGCUGUCAUCUUGGCAGAGCUCCAGUGGUCCAACACAGAGCUGUCAUACCUGACCCUCAGCACCUGCCCAGAGAAAGCUUUUGUGUUCUGCGGAGAUGAAGAAGGUAGCGUGUGGAUGUACAACGUCAGGCGCCAUCUUGAGCAGCAGCAGCCCCUGCAGGCCAAGGUGGCCCCCACAAAGAUUCUCAAAUGGCCAGAUCUCUCAGCGCGAGGCCAAAAGAUGAACAAAACUUUAAUCAACACAGCAGUGGCAGACCCUACCUUCACCUACCUUGUGGCUCUAACGGACACAAACAUCAUUGCCAUCUGGAAGAAACUCUAGCAGCCAGAGGCAGGGUCGAAUAACUGGGUUUGUGCUUUUUGUGGUGGGAAUUGUGAGGUUCUCCUAAGUGUGCAUUUUUUUUUAAGUGGAUAGUUUUCAACUAAACUUAAAAUAAAGUGAGCUGUGUUUUUAUGUUCUGUGAA